AUGGACUAUAACCAAGGCCUUGAUAUCUCAAAUCAGAUCCAAGAGGACGUUUGGGUCGACGAGAUCAAUGAAUUUCGAUUAAACGGGCGUCUUUGCGAAUGGAUAACAGGCUUUCACCCUGAACAAAUUCCAUGUCAGCUGGAUGGUGGCUUCUUGAAUGGCUCGUACAACAUCGGUCAAAAGAUCAUCUUUGAGGAUGGUACCACAUGGUUACUCCGCUUCCCUCGUGUGAAGAGCAUUUGCCCUAAAUACGCCGAUGAAAAGGUAGUCAUGGAAGUGGAGGCUCUUUCUCUUAUCCGCGAAAGGACAAGUGUUCCCGUUCCAGAUGUCAAAGCCUGGGGUCUUGCUGAGAGCAAUCCUUUGGGUCUUGGUCCUUUCAUCUUGAUGGACUUUAUCGACGGGGUUUGUCUCAAUGACGUGUUCACUGGAGGCAAUUCCAGGCUCCUCAAAAAGGAAAUUCCGGACAGUGACCUUGAGAUUGUGUACAGCCAGAUAGCGAACUUCAUGUUGCAAAUUUUCGAGAUCAAUUUCGACCGAAUCGGAAGUUUGCCCACGGCAAGGACUGGUUAUUCUGCGCCUAUCCGCCCUUUGACAUGGAAGAUACAAGAGAUUGCAAAGACCGGGGGGUUGAACACUUUUGGUGAUCGAACCAAGGGCUUUUCGACAACCAUGGCGUACUUCCAGUACGUUAUUGACCAGGACUGGCAACAACUUCGAUAUCAGCCGAAUUCAAUCACUGGCGAACUAGAUGCUAUCUCCAAAUAUGCUUCACUAAGUAUUGUAAAGUCAUUGAUACCCCGCUUUGUGAAUGCGGCGUAUGAAAAUGGGCCUUUUAAACUGAUAUGCGAUGAUUUCGGCCCAGCAAAUAUGAUCGUGAAAAGCGAGAAAGAUCUUACAAUUGUCGGGGUUGUGGACCUUGAGUGGGUGUAUGCGGGACCGGCCCAGUUGUUCGGUUCAGCUCCUUGGUGGCUUCUUCAUGACCGACCGGUUAAUGAAGAGUGGGAUUUUGUGGACGGCAAUCCUCCCGAAGCCACUAAGCGGUAUAUCAAUUGUCUGGACAUUUUUAAAGAAGCUUUGGUAAAAGAGGAGGCGAAAAUGCCUAGAGAGCAGGGUACGGAACUUUCUAAGCUUGUCGAAUGGUCCGAGGCUUCUGGUGCUAUGUGGGUUCAUAUGCUCCUGUCUAGUGGGUUCUUCGACUCUUUCAGUUUUCCUUGCAUGCAACUACGGCAAUGCGUCGGUGCUCGGUGGUGGAGAGAACGUGUCAAUGAGUUGGAAAUCAGACCGGAGGUGGAACAGUUUGCGGCUCAUAAGCUCCAAGACUUGGAGGAGUUUGACAAAUCUGUCGAUAAAAUUGAGGAGCUCAAGGACUGUGUGGAUCGUGGCGAGAUGACGAGGGAUGAGUUUAUUGUGGCCAUCGAUGAACUUUUGGUUGUGAGGUAG